AUGGUCAGACCGCUUAAUAAGGAAUGGAAGCUCUUUGGUCAAAAGUACCACGUAGCCGGCGCCAAGUGCCCCAAGGUGGACUGCAAAGCCUGUCAUGCGCAAGUCUCAGCCGCCAUCAAUCGGCUGCAGUCGCACAUACGCGUGUGUCCGACUCGUUCCGCGUCGACAGCUCCUCGUACGAUCGCCAAUAGCAAUGAAGACGACCGUCCCAAAAAAACGUGUGUGGACGAAAGUAGACCGCACUUGCAAGACGGUGUUAUCGCACCUAAUCGAGUUGCGGAGGAGACAAGAGCAAGUUCUCCAGUGGCAAAAGAACCGCAUCAAUCACCAUCUGCUGAUCGAAACGUCUCGUCUGUAACGGAUACGGACACCAGUUCUAUCCAUUCUAUUGGAAUAGAAACGAUAGCAACGGUACAAGAGGUAGCCACUUUGUCGUACUAUAAACGUCGAAAAUUAGAAAUUGAGGAGAGUCGCCUGCAGCUCGAAAUGAAGAGAGACGAGCGGGAAGAGCGUCGGGAACGACUGGAGGUGGAGAUUCUAGAAGCACAAGCAAGAAAGGAAAAGAUGCUCGCAGAGAAAGAAGGGUACGAGUCGAAGAUGCUGCUUGCAUUAUCGCGGAAGAAAUUGCUCGAUCAGGGAGUGGAUCGGAGCGAGAUCAACCGGAUUCUGCCGAUUGUUUCGAGCGCUCCGACAAUGUGA